CCGGAAGUCAACACGCCAGUGCGUCUUCUUCGAUUACAGUGGUAGUGUGUGCACAAUUUUGAAGCUACAAAACGAGCUACAAAUUUCGUCUUAACCUCAAGUGCUGACACUGAAGCCCCCUCGAGAUGGCAUCCUCUAACCCGCUGAGACCCCAAAACAGAACUCUUCAGAACCAAACAGGGAUUUUAAAGCAACAGGAGGUAAAUAAACUCACCGCUGCAGCCUCUUCUAAAAGAGGAUCUGAGAAUCUGGACCCCAAUGCCUCAGCGGAAGCUGGAAAGGGAGUCAAUAGAUUGAAAGGUGUCAGCAGGCUUCCAGUCCUCGCCAAAUCUCUGCCAGCUGGAAAUGACCUCUCACAACAGAACCGAUGGGAACAGAGGCCCCUUUCGGGUAAAGCUCAGAAGAAAAGGAUCUGCACCAAACCAGUUCCUUUCAAUCUAUCCCAAUCACGCAAGCGCAGUCAGAGAAACGAAGACGUUGCUGGUGGAAAAGCACCCGUGACACCUUCUGCCCGCCUAACACCGGGAGCAAAACUGAAAAGCCAUAAAGCCACAACACCAGGUGUCUUCAGAUCAGCAAGCAAGUCAGAGUCUGCUGUGCCUCGAACUGUAGGUCACAUGGAACAUACGGCAUCAACCAAACCUACAUCAUUAGACUCUACUGAAUCCAGAACCUGCAGUCAAACAGAUUUAAGUUCACGUUUUGGUAGCAUCACUCUUGCGCAGUCUAAGCUUCCCGAAGACUCACGUUUGAGUCAUUUAUGUAAAGAUUCACUCAAUAAUGUAGGUGUUGGUUCUAGUGGUCACGUACCAAAGGACCAAAACGGCAUCCAGAUUGUUCUAUCAGCUUCUGGUACACAAAGCCAUGCAGGCACUAAAGGUAUGCACAAUGUCCUCUCAUGGGAAGGAUCAAAUACUGUUGGAGCUCUAAGUGUGAUGCCACGCUUGUCGUCUUGCCCCUCUGGACUGGGAUCCGCCAAUUACCUGCCUCAAAGGGUUUCUGUGAAGAAGAGUCAACGUGAAGUUGUCAACACCACAGGCAAUGCCGGGGCGUUUUCACCUGACCCGUCAGCACUACGUAGUAUUUUACAGAAUGAUGCAAUGAGAGUUGAGCGUGUUGGGGCAACACCUAGGACAUCAACCUGUCCCACUGGCAGACCAACAUCUUUUUAUUCCGCACAAAGAGUUCCAGUUAAGAAGCCUCAGAUGGAUGAUGUUGCUGCAGUCACAGGAAGCAGUGUGACCUUCUCCCCCGACCCUUCAGCCCUGCGCAGUAUUCUUCAGAAUGAAGGUGUUAGGGUGGGAGCUCUUGGUGGGGCAACACCCAGAGUUUCAACAUGUCCCACUGGCAGGGGAACGUCCAUUUACUCUGCCCAGCGAGUUCCUGUUAAAAAAACUAAAACUGAAGACACCGGCACAGCGUCUUAUUGUGCAAACAGAACACCAGUGAGGACAUGGACACCUCAGAGGGUUGCAAACACCAAAUCACAGUCGAUGAUGAAGAUCCUUACUGCACAGAAGAUGUCUCGAUUAAGGGACUCCCCUGGUUUCAGUGGACCCCAAGACCCUAGCACUCAAUUCUUAAUGCAUGAAGAGGAGGAUGUUGUUCAAAGGUUAUUUGAUGACGCAGACCAGCUGGACAAUAACCAGAUGGGUGAAAAAGGCUUCACAUCACAACAACUACUGACCACAUCAACUAGCAACCAAACUAUUGAACCUCUUACAAAUAAAGAGAUUUUAAAAUCGAAUCAUCGACACAAUGAGGAUGAAGUCAAGAAAACACACCAACCUUUCAUACAAGCAGCACAUAGAGGCUCUGUUAUUGUUUUCUCAUCGAGCCAAAGACUCUGUGGAUCAGAGCGGCCUCAGGAGGCACCUGUGAUAGAAAACAGCACUAUAUCUCUUAUUACACUCCAGUCAAACCAAAGCAAUGGAUCACAGGUUACUUCCGGCUCAGACGUGACUAAACAAAUCAACUCUUGCACACAAAGUAAAUUAAAAGCGUCUGCUCUACGGCGACGGCACACUCCUCUAGAAGAGAUGAUUCUGGAUGAGGAAUGUGCUACCUAUACCACUCGCCUGCUGUCCUGCCCAUUACAACCUCGCUGUGGAAACCCUAUAGCCACCACACUUAUGUUUGAAGAUUCUACUUGUUUUUUCCCUAUAGGCCGGUCCUCACCCAUACGUCUGAGUCCAGUACCCUCUGGUUCAUCUAUCAGGGCUUGAAUGCACUACCCCUCAGAAAACUAACGCGCAAUUUAGUUAAUCUAUGCAUAUUUAUGGCUGUCUGCUUGAAACAGUAUUACUUGUUGCACUUUUUGUUUGUGUAAUGUUGAUUUGUGUGUAUGUAAGCAAUAAACUGCAAUUAGCUACUGAUUCACAUGGAUGCUUUUAUUGCACCGCACAAGCACUAGAAUCAUGUCUUUGGAUAAAUAUUCUCUUCAAUGAGAUUCACUCUAUUGGGUUCAAAUAAUGCAAAACUGUAAAUAUCUUCAGAACAAUUAAACAUUCAACAUGGAAAUUAUGUUCUUAUGAUUUGCCCCUUAAGCAUACUUGAGUGUAUAAUAAAUGUAUAUAAAAAGCU